UCGCAGCGCUGACGAAUCGAUCAUUGACAUUCGACGGACGUAGACGGCAACGCUCGCUCCUAGAUAUCGAGAGCGAGAUACGAGGAAAGAAGAUUUCUCGCCAAUUCUCGAUCGAUCGAAACGAGAGGUAAUCCCGUCGAGGAACGAACUAAUCGCAGGGGAAAACAAUAAAGGAGAAUUUCCAUGACUUUGAAUCUCUUCGAUCGCUAUUCUCGAUACGAACCAACGCGCGUUACCGAGGGGUCGGAUCGAGGAAACCGAUCGCAGCGCCAACGUCGUCGAGACCUUUCUCGCCGGUCCUCUUUAGCCACGGAGGCGAUUUCGAAGCGCCGUCUGGCAGACGGCCACCGCGUUCCGCGGUCUUUCCUAGCGAGUCACCCCUCGCGCUCGUUUCUUCGUUCGUGCGCGUUGCUUGCCGCGCGAGGAUCGAGGCGAGCCGGCGUCCGUCCGAGAGACUCGUAAGAUUCCACGAAACAUGGCCAAUCCGAAUCUAACGGAUAUGACGGAGGAGGAUGCGGCGGACUUGCAGUUUCCCAAAGACUGCUCGUCGAGUAGAACAGAGAAUAUUGGCCAUGACGUAGAACUCGUCGAGGUGUCAGUCGUGAAGGACGAAAUCCUUACUUCAGAUCCAAUGUGUUACGCGUGCAAAACCAACCUGAGGGAACCUUACGUGAGGUGCGCCGUGUGCCUAGGCGUGGAGUUGUGUCCUUCUUGUUUUUCUAACGGAUGCGAGAUAGGUGAUCACAGAAACGAUCACGAUUACGUCGUAGCAAAGAACGAGUUCGAACUGGUAGACGGUAGCGGUUGGACGGCCAAGCAAGAAUUGGAAUUGUUAAACGUCGUGCAAGAGUGCGGCUUUGGUAAUUGGGUGGACGUGUCCAAGAGAAUAGACGGCAAGUCUACGGAGGAGUGCAAGGCGCACUACUUGGAGCACUACGUGGAUAAUCAGACCCUCCCCGGACUGCCAAGGAUCAACGAAACUAGGGCCAGUCUGUUCGGUUGCGACCCAGUCCCGUAUUGCUACAAGUUGCACGACUUGGAGGAACCGCCUAGAUUUGCUUCGGAUACGCUCAACUGUAGAAUGUUGGCUGGAUACAAUGCCGCGAGAUCCGACUUCGAGGUGAACUUCGACAACCACGCGGAGCUGCUCGUGUCCGACUUGAAUUACGACCAAUUCGAUCCGGGCGAUUCGGACGAGGAGUUGGGAAAGUCCUUGCAAGUGGCCAUCGUUCAAGCUUACAACAACAGACUGAAGGAACGCAAGAGACGAAGGAAGAUCAUACGAGAUCACGGACUGAUCGCGAUAAGGAGAACGAUGUCUUGGUUGCAGAGGUACGAAUGUACGAUAACGCGAGCCCUCGCGGAGAGGCUCUUGAUUUUCAUGCAGCUCACGGGGGGUAUGGAUUUCGAUUACCUCAUGGAAGGUCUCCAUCGCGUUGGCGAACUUAAAAACUAUAUCAAUAAACUCGUCGACUUUCGCAUCAACGGGAUAAGAUGUUUCCACAGCGUUUCGAUCUUUCAAAAACUGUCGAAGCUCCGCCAGGAGAACGAGAGGGAGAGAAAGCAAUAUCUGAAUAAUCCGGAGUACAGUUGGAGGAGCGUAUUGCCGGAUAACGUCGCGAGUUCCAACGUUGCGUCGAUGGGACAUAAUAUCCCGCAGAGAAGAGCGGCGCCACCUCUCGUGAUCAACGGUCUUCCAGGCUACGAAAGGCUUACCAGCGACGAAAAGCUAUUGUGCUCCGUGACCAGAGUGGUACCCGCCAGCUAUUUGGAUUACAAGCACAUUUUAAUCGCGGAAAACAAAAAGUGUGGUUCUCUGCGUUUGGCACAGGCUCGCGUUCUCCUAAAGAUCGACGUUAAUAAGACCCGCAAGAUAUACGACUUCUUGGCGGACGAAGGAUACAUAAAAUUCGAGAACGCCGAAACGCUGUUAAUAUCCGAGGUGUACAUGCUGCUGGAACAUAGGAAAGCUCAGAACGAGUCCGCGGAAGAGGAACAAGAAUUUUCGGAAGUCUUUAUGAAGAGUUUGACGUAUACCAAUCGAUUUGGAAGAUUUAAAAAUAAAGAAACCAUCGCAGCGGUUCGAAGCUUGUUGAUGCAAAAGAAACUGCACAAGUUCGAACUCGCCUCCUUGGCGAACCUGUGCCCGGAAACUCCGGAAGAAGCCAAAGCCUUGAUUCCGAGCCUCGAAGGACGCCUGGAGGACGAGGAGCUACGAACGAUCCUGGAGGACAUACAAACCAAGAGAUCUUUGCAGUACUGAGGAGCCUUCGGUUCCUUUCCCUUAGGAUCGAUCGCACGACUGCAAACGUCUGUCCUUUACGUAUUCCUAUCGAGAUACGCGCCUACUCUCAUUCCAUUUUUCAAUAAACGUAAAUCGACUCUCUCGUU